AUGGGUGCAGCACAGCAAGUGGGCCGAGCGAACCACCAGAACGAUGCACCUGUGGCCCCCAACGCCCAUGCCACGGAAGGCACGACGGUGGACAUUCCUGGCAUUGGCUCGGUUACCUUGAACGUGGUGAUCCAGCCAGCAGCACAGGGUGCAAAUCCGCCCGGUCCUCCGCCCGGUCCUCCACCCGGUCCUCCACCCGGUGGUAGUGCAGCCGGUCCUCCACCCGGCCCUCCACCCAAUGAGCCGCUCGGUCCUCCACCGGUCCUCCACCGGGUCCUCCACCUCCAAACACGGCCGGCCACGAUGUGCCAGCAGAGCCAGCAGAGCCUCCCUUCCCACCUGCAUGGGCUGCGGGGUCAUCGACCCCGAAUGCUGGCUACUUAA